AAGCUACAGGCCACGGUACCUAAUCCAUCAGCUCGUCAGCUUUAUCGGUAAUCAGAGUGAUCCGGUAAUCCUCAAAAAGACACAUCCUAGUUGUGCAGAACGCACGCAUCAUGGACCCUCUAACCUCGAACCCGAACUCGACCUCAACCUCCCCUUCAACCUCGACCUCAUCCGCGUUCUUGCAAAACCUCCUAAACAAAACCCUCCGGAUCAAACUCGCCGACAGCAGAACGUUCAUCGGCCAAUUCAUCUGCGUGGACCGUCAACAGAACAUCAUCCUCAGCAACGCGGAAGAGUUCCUCUCCCCCGAGCUGGAGAGGAAGAGGGGUGCGCCGGUCUCUAGGGGGUAUUUCGGGGGCAGGGAGAUGGGGAUGGUCAUGUUCCGGGGCAAGGACGUGCUGAGGAUCGAGGCUGAGGAUGGGGAUGGGGUUCAGCUUGAGAUGAACGGGAGGGGAGGGAUACGGAUGGACGUGAUAUGAUCUUUGCUCGUGGGCAGAUCAGAGACGCUUGAAUGGUAUCUGGGGGAUAGAAUACGCUGCGGAGAGGACCAAUGAUGAUGAAUCGACGAAUUGACGAGCACCACAAUAAUCAAGAAUAACGAAACCUUACGAACUUCGCAGGGACGAAAUGGAUAGACGGACUUGUACC